UGUCGGAGCGGUCCAUGGGCCCCUGCCGGGGGGAGGUUGGGACAGCUUGAGGGUCACCCCCGCUGGGUCCGGUCCCCGCGCGCCCCCGCCCCACCCCGGGACGCGCAGGGGGCGAGCCCUCGGGGAGCUAUGCUGAGCCGGGGCGGCACGGAGGAAGCCGCCCGGCUGCCUGUUCCCGCCCCCGGCCCGGCGCCCAGACACCCGGCCCGGGCAGCGGCACCCGACGGCCCCGGAGUCCCUGCCCGCUUCGGCCUCGCCUGCCUGCUGCUGCUGCUGCUGACGCUGCCGCCCCGCGUCGAUGCGUCCUGGUGGUAUAUCGGGGCACUGGGGGCCCGGGUGAUCUGUGACAACAUCCCCGGGCUGGUGAGCCGGCAACGCCAGUUGUGCCAGCGCUAUCCUGACAUCAUGCGCUCCCUGGGUGAGGGUGCCCGGGAUUGGAUCCGCGAGUGCCAGCACCAGUUCCGUCAUCACCGCUGGAACUGCACAACUCUGGACCGCGACCACACCGUCUUUGGCCGGGUUAUGCUCAGAAGCAGCCGGGAGGCGGCUUUCGUGUACGCCAUCUCGUCGGCAGGCGUGGUGCACGCCAUCACUCGGGCCUGCAGCCAGGGCGAGCUCAGCGUGUGCAGCUGCGACCCUUACACACGCGGUCGUGACCGAGACCAGCGGGGAGACUUUGACUGGGGUGGCUGCAGCGACAACAUCCACUAUGGGGUCCGCUUCGCCAAGGCCUUUGUGGAUGCUAAGGAGAAGAGGCUCAAGGAUGCCCGAGCCCUCAUGAACUUGCACAAUAACCGCUGCGGCCGGACGGCUGUCCGUCGAUUCCUGAAGCUGGAGUGUAAGUGCCAUGGCGUUAGUGGCUCCUGUACACUUCGCACCUGUUGGCACGCACUCUCCGACUUCCGCCGGACUGGCGACUACCUGCGGAGGCGCUACGACGGGGCCGUGCAGGUGACCGCCACCCAGGACGGUGCCAACUUUACUGCUGCCCGUCAGGGCUAUCGCCACGCCACGCGGGCUGACCUCGUCUACUUUGACAACUCCCCAGACUACUGUGUUCUGGACAAGGCUGCUGGCUCCCUGGGCACGGCCGGCCGCGUGUGCAGCAAGACGUCUCGGGGCACGGAUGGCUGCGAGGUCAUGUGCUGCGGCCGCGGCUACGACACCACGCGGGUCACGCGGGUCACGCAGUGCGAGUGCAAGUUCCACUGGUGCUGCGCCGUGCGCUGCAAGGAGUGCCGCGACACCGUGGACGUCCACACCUGCAAGGCCCCCAAGAAGGCCGAGUGGCUGGACCAGGCCUGAGCCCCGCCCCCGCAGACCCUAGCACCCAUGCCCUGCACCCCGCCCCCCCCCCCAGCCCCGGGCGCCCGGGCUCCCACCGAAGGCGGCCCCGAGUGUUCUCCGAGGAGCCAUGACGGGACUGGAGUGGCCUCGGUCGGAGCCCCCGCGCCCCGGGGAGGGGCGGGAGCACACGCAGGAGGAGUGAGGACCCCCACAGAGGCCAGAGCGCACCUGUCUGUCGCCCUUCCCCGGCUCGCUGGCCCUUCGUGGGCACCUUUGGGGGGAGGGGCGGGGGCUGCCGCGAGGCCGGCCUGGUUGUGAAGUGGGGGUGAGGCACGGGGAGGGGCGGACGCCCUCGGCCAUCCCCAAGUCCCUGUUAGACUGCACGUUUUCCAGUUCCCCGGAGCCUGGGCCUGCUGGACAAGGGUCAGACCUGCAGGAUGGGGUGCGUCUGUGCUUGUAUGUUGGUCCUGCUGCAUAUGUGAACAAAGAGAGAUGCAUCCACACCUUCCCAUCCAUAUAUAUAUAUAUAUGCAAAUACAUAUAUAUAUAUAUAUCUCAUGCAUAUGUAUCAGAUAUCACUGCCUCAUGUUAUCUGCUGCGUUCUGGGUGGUGGUCCACUAGUGAUGUGCAGAAUGGCCAAGUGGCAGUUCCUGCCGUCAAAGCAAACAAUACUUAACCUGCCUCACUUGUGCACUUUGCUUUUUUGUUUUCAUUCUGCCCUUGUGAUUAUUUUUCAGGGUGAGUAGGCCCUGGCUUCCAAUCCCCCCCCCCCAGUCCUGUUUUAUCUGUAGGAGAGCGCUUUCCGAUAUUGUGCCCAUUCCCCAGAGCUGACCUGGCCCUGGACGACAUUCAUGACAAUCAGAGGAAAAGACCCCUAGAGGAGGGUGAUGGAUACCCUUUUUUCAGGCUUAUCAUAGGUGCCAGCUAGGGAGAGAGAGAGGCUCAUUGGCAGAAUCUCAGAAAGGACCAUCAAAAAUAUCUGAACAGAAAUCUCCUUGAUAAGGGCUAAACAAAUGGUAAUUUUGUUACAACCUUAUUUG